AUGGAAGACUCGUUCUUCGACGGCUACAAAGAGGAAAUUCGAGACUACGGGGUGGAUUAUGCAAGGAUUUAUGAGGAUUUUACCUAUUGCCCCAAGCGUGAAGUGUUUAACUGCAUUGCGUUUGAGGUAGAUUUGGAGGACUGGAGUCUCGCCGUUCCAACCCAAUUCGAGGUUUGGGAUCUUCUUUCUGACCCUCACUCCUUCAAAUCCAAAUCCAAAUGUAUCUACUGGCACUUGAUAGAUAUAAAAGGCCCGAAAUGCCCAUGGAUAGAGGAAAAUAUGGAUAUUGUCGAAUCCUGCAGGCAAAUCCCGUACCUUGUGAAUGACAAUCAUGGAGAUCGAGAUCGGCUCUUUCUCGUGAUUCGAUUUGUCAUCCAACGAGCCUGCAUUAACCGACCUUUUGUGGAUGUCGACAGCAUACCUUACGAUCCGGUGAGUGACCGCUUGAUGGUCCAUCUCUAUCCCCACAAAACUGUCGGUUUUUCAGUUGUUGAAAUCCAUUUUGAAACGGGACCAGCUGCCGGAAUCAAUGGCCGCAUCAAUGGCCUCAGUCGGAUUGUUGGUGGUUGCGGCAAUUCCUUGGAUGGCCUGGCAAUGUUUAUAGGAAUGAACCAUUCGUUUGCAGUGUCAUCAGGGUUUGAAGCCAAUUGCAUUUACUUCACCGAUUCCAACAAGCAUCAGGUUCUGUUAGAUUCGAUCUAUGGCGGCCAUGACAUAGGGAUUUUCGAUUAUGAGAACCAGACAUUGUCUACAUGUUAUUAUCCAUGUGAUGUUCGAAGCUAUAGAAGAAUUGUGCCAACACCGGUGUGGCUCACUCCAAGGUACAAAGAGCCGAGGAGAAGGGACUUUGAGGGUGCCGAGAGCUGCGAAAGGCGGGAGCGAGAGACGAGAGUCGAGGAAACAGAGGAUGUGAGAAGUGAAAUGAUGAAGGGAGCUGGGCUGGAGAUGAUGAAGAGAAGUGAAACGAGGCUUGCAGAACUCAAACCUACCUCCCGUUCAAUCGUCGUUCAUAUUCGCUCCUCCCAUUCAAUUUCAACAGCGUUAGAAGACAUCCUCGCCAUGGUCAUAUCUAUUGCUCGAGGACACACUCACCAAAAAUUCAUGAACACCUUAGUCGGUAGAGCCGUCAAGGAGGCAGCCGCCACCGUUUACGCACUUGAGGUAUUAAACUUUGGCCCACUGCGAAGGGACGUCGUUGGGAAGGCUGCACCGUCUGUGACGGUCAAAGACAGGAGUUCAACCCCAGUGUCCCACUUCUAA